CUACAGUUUCAAGACUGACCGGGAGGAGCCCAUGGAGGCAGAUCUACCACAAGAUGAAGAAGAACUACUGGAAGUGGAUCCACCUGUGACAGACAUGACCUGGCACUACCCCCAGCAUGCCUUGGCCCUCUGCCACAACAUCAGGGCAGUAGAACUGCAGGAGCACCAGGCCAUCUCCGUGUCUGCAUCACAGCCUCUGCCCCCACUGUUAACUUGGACAUGAUGAACAAUGACUGCAAUUGUUGUGUUGUACACUCCCAGUGAUCGUACUCUUCGGAUUGCCUCUUCUCUCGCUUUAUGUACCUGGGUGUGAGGAGAAACUGGGAGAGGCAGUUAACUGGGGGAGAAAGUUCACAAGAGGAUAAGUUUCCUCCCUCCAAGGGACAGAGAGUGGCAAGAGAUAUCAAAUGCUAUUGGUAACCUGCCCUGCCAUUCUGGGUGGGAGGAGUGGCAGAGCAAAACACUUUAAAAGAGAAUGAGGAAGUGGACCUGUGAUGUCACUGUGCAGUAGCCUUCAGCUAAAGUCAAUUACUUCUCUAGCCACCUCCAAGUUAGAAGGAAGAGCACCUUGAGGUGAAAGGAGAGAGAAAGGAGGAGGACAGCAAUGAAAGGGCUUCGGCUGUUCAUUUUCAGUGCAGUUCUGGUGACCACUUAUGCCCUCACUGUGGAAACACCCACCAAGGAAGUACAGGUGGCACGAGGGAAGAACGCUACUCUCCGCUGUAAUUUUAAUACUAAUUUUUUCACCAGCUCAGGAGAUUUUGUUGUCUGGAAGAAAAUCAUUAGUGCGGAUGAUGCUGUCACUAGGUAUUUUGAUGGACUUGUACAGUAUGGCAAGGGCUACGAGAACCGAAUACAUUUUACUGGUGAUGUAAACAGUGGAGACAUCAGCAUCACCAUCAAUGAAGUAACCAUGGAAGACAACGGGACGUAUGUAUGCAGCGUUCGUCUACGGGAUGACCCCCCGCGGCAGUCUGCACUCACGAGUCUUUUCGUCCUCAUUGCACCAUCCAAGCCAGAAUGCAAGAUUGUGGGCACAGCAGAAUAUGGACAGACUAUCAAUCUAACCUGCUUUUCUCAUGAGGGCUCCCCAAAACCCACAUAUACCUGGCAAAGCUUCAACAUACAAAAUGAACCCCGUGUACUACAAACAACAAACGGAGAGCAAAUAACACUGAAGAACGUCUCAGCAGAUACCUCCGGCUUUUACAUCUGCACUUCAACAAACAGUGUGGGAAAGGAAAUUUGCAACAUGACAGUCAGCGUUGUCCCACCAUCCAUGAACAUCGCCCUUUAUGCAGGCAUUGCUGGAGGAGUUCUUGCUGCAGUUGUGGUUAUUGGUAUUCUAGCCUACUGCUGCUGCUGCCGAGGGGACAAGGACUAUGAGGAGACGGAAAGAGAAGAUGAAGAUGAACGCGCGCAGAGGAUACCUAUGGAUACUCAGAGAGCAAAUGAUGAUUCUGAAUACGAAUGAAGAAAGAAGCAGGAAGCCAAUGCCACCUUCAGGUUUUGCUGAGGAACAGACACCACUGUAGAAAAGAAAGCAAACACCUAUUUCUUGCCACAAGAAGUAUUUAGAAUAAUCAAGUAAAAGCUAAUGGCUCUGUCUUGAAGUUUCCAAGGGGGAUGGGGGGUGGAAAUAUUCUUGUUUCAAUGGAAAGAUGUGCUUAGCAUGCAGUGGGUAUUAAUAUUUAACCUCAUAGCAGAAAAAUGCAUGUGAAGCACUGUUCCACCCACUCAUCCAAAAAUAACCAGUCUUCUCACCAUCCCACUUUCUGUGAAGGAAGCCAGACAAGUCUAUCUGGAGAACAGAGUUGCUAGCAUAUCCCUAGAUCCAUAGAACUAGUGACCUUGAAACCUAAGUUGUCAAGGAAGGGUGGUCUUGUUUACAGUGCUAUGCAAAUAUCAGAGCUUGCAGCAUUGUCCAAUACAGAAAUUAUUUUAGGCAAGAUUGAAGCAAGAUUAUUUUUAUGGACUUUUAUUAAAUAUAUUUUUGUAUGUAUUAUACAAGCACAUAUGAA